CGGAAAUUUUUCAUUUGGAGAAAGUUUUAUCUUGCGCAUGGCGCUAGGAAGUUGCGUGCCAGCAUCUCUCAUGCGUAAAAAGCUCCGGCGUAUAUAACUCGGCCCCAUGUAAAGAAAGAAGACACUCCUCAACUUAUUCAUUUAUCUCCUGCCAAUUACGAAGUAACGAGCCGUCGACAAACAUUUUGAACUUCUUCAUUUUCAUCAGAAACUUAGGCUGUUCCUUGUGAAAACUGGUUCGUGUGAAAAAUCUAUUCAACAUGUACGGCAUGAUAUUUGAAACUAUUCAAAACAUCUUUCAGGUGGAGUAUGGAGAUGAACUAUGGGAUGCUCUUCUAGAACGGACGAAAUAUGGCAAACGCACCGUUUUUUGUACGCAUCACAUUUAUCCUGACGACUUGGUGAUGCAAUUAGCCAAUGCAGCUGUCGAAGUAAUCGGCAAUGGAUUAACGCAAUUGGAUUUCCUCAAUUACUUUGGACGAUGUUUCAUCCGCUCCUUUGACAAGUACGGUUAUGAAAAAAUAAUUAAGGUUUGCGGUCGAUACUUUUGCGAUUUCUUGACCGGCAUUGACAAUAUCCAUUUGCAAAUGAGAUACAUGUUUCCGAAAAUGGUUUCGCCCAGCAUGUAUAUCUCACACGAAGAUGUGGAUGGCGUUUUACUACAUUACAGAACACCACGCAAUGGACUCUGUCCUUACCUCCGAGGACUGCUCCUUCAAAUUGCUGAAGACUACUUUGGUAUUCAACUCGAUGUAACCGAGUUGCCCAGCGAGCCUUCUGGAGAAGAUGAAUACAACCAGUAUAGGUUCCGAUUGAACUUUAACAAUCGGGACUAUUUGGCUAGUCAGAAGUACAUGAAUGGUAGCAAUCUUGGACUUGAACGGAAAAUGAUGGCUGCUACCCCGCUGUCAAGCAAUACAUUACUGCAGCUGUUCCCGUUUGGCUUGAUCUUCCGCUCCGAUCUUAAGAUCAUAAGCACAGGAAAACAACUGAAAAUCAUGUUCCCAGACAAAGGAUUAUUUGGCCAGGCUCUUCCUGGAAUAGCUAAAAUGCGUCGUCCAAAAGUCGAUCUCACUUGGGACAAUGUGCUUAGCUUGCAAAAAGUUAUGUGCGAACUCGAGAUGCUGAUUAACCAACGAGAAAACGAAGGAAUCUGUAAUCCUGCGUACGCAUUGAUGAGGAAUAAUGCUGACCAAUCCCGUCGAUUAUUUCUGCAAGGGCAGUUCCGCUACCUCGAAGAUUGGGAAGCUGUGAUGUUUCUUUGCAACCCUAUAGUUAAUAAUCUAACUGAUCUCGAUGAACUUGGGCUUAAACUCGAUGACCUGAGUAUGCACGGCAACGGUCGUGAGAUGGUUAUGGGAGGAUUACAACAUAAUUCCCGUCUAGAAGACCUCUAUGAACGAGCAGAAGAGAGAUCGAUGGAGUUGGAAAAAACUCAUCAGUUGCUUGCGGAGUGGACGGAACGUGGUGAUCAGCUCCUUUUUUCCAUGAUCCCGAAGUCAGUCGCAGAUAAUUUACAAAGUGGGACACAUCCAGUUGAUACGUGCCAGGUAAACUUUGAAAGUAUAACAGUGCUCUUUGUGGAGCUUACCAACUUCGAUAUUAACGCAGAUAAUGCUAUGGAGAUGGUCAAAUGUAUGAAUGCAGUUUUUUCUCAAUUGGAUAAUGUCAUUGAUCGACACAAUGUUUAUAAAGUAGAGACAGUUGGAAAAGUUUACAUGGUCGUUGGAGGUGCACCAGAAAAAAAUGAUUCACACGUCAGAGAUAUUGCAUUAGUUGCCCUGAGUUUCCGAGAUGAAAUUGAAGAACUUGCCGUCAAAGCCGGAAUGGACGUUCGAAUUCGAACAGGUUUUCAUUCUGGCUCGGCUGUCGCCGGUGUAGUCGGAACGAAGAUGCCGAGAUAUUGCUUUUUCGGAGACACUAUCAACACCGCAUCAAGAAUGCAAUCGUCUAGUGAAUCAGGGAAAAUUCAAAUGUCAUCAACCUCUUAUGGCCUCCUACAAUCGUUUUCCGGAUUUGUCUGCCAAAAACGAGGUCUAGUGACUGUUAAGGUAAACCUUACAACUAUUAGUAUACGAUGCAUGGUGAUUCCAACAUAUUUUGUUAUGCAAUCAAUAGGGCAAAGGAGAAAUGCAGACCCAUUGGCUGCUUCAGUAUCAACCAUCCGCUAACUAAACUAUUCGGAUGGUUUGGGUUUUAGAUAACACUGUCAGUCGUUGAAAUGUCGCAAACUAUUAUUCACGAGUCAAUUCCUCGUACUGGAAUUCAUAUAGUGAUUGAGCUUUAAAUUUACUAUAAUAAAGAACUAGUGUAGAUUUACGUGGGUGCACAAAAGGUAUUUGGAAGGGGAGAAGGGGGUAGUAUUCUUUUAAAGGCAACGCAAUCAAUCGUGCAUUCUUAUGUUGUACCUACAAUUUGCUACCUGCUGUUGUGCCGCCUCUUGCGUGAAACUCCAGCAACAUUUAGAUUGGAUUUCCUGUUGUACAACUUUUUUAACGUAUAAAUAAAUGGUUAGGGAAUUUU